CACUGAGAAUUGUUGAUGAAGUUUUAAAAUGGCGGACGAAAGUUUGGUGUGCUCGGUAUUGUUUGAAAAUCAUGUCUGAAAACGUAUAAAUAUCGGAAAAGCCUUGUCAUCGAGGAAAUAGUUACAAUAGAUGUCUUCUCGAAACGUAAUUUUAAUGAACGAGUGAGUUGAUAAGUGUUUUUAAUGUGCUUAUUUUGUUGUGUUUGUGUUUAAGAAAGCUAUUAUUCAGAGCGCGAUGGAGCCAUAUUUAUAAAAUAUGUAAUUAAAAGUUGUCAGUAUCAAAUUUUAAUUCAAGAAGAAGUAAGUUUCCAAGUGAAAAAAUGGGAUGGCUUCAUUGUUUAAAAAGUUAGCAUUGCCUCCCAGAAAUGGAUCCAGUGGGGCCAUGGUCAGCUCCCUAUAACAGAUUAACAGGUGUUCAGACUGGCGCAGCUAACAGUGAAUUGCAUCAUCAUCUUCCAUUUAGUGGAUCAGGUGCGACACCUCCGACUACUACUGCACAGCUUUUACCAGGUGGUUUUUUGUCCCCUCCACCUGUAGGUUAUGAAACUGUUUUUAGCCCACUGUUUCAUCAUACAGGCACAAAGCCUCCAGCCCAUUAUGCCGCUCAGGUAUCAGCGCAACAUAGACAAGUUCUGGCCCAAGCAACAUCGGCGUCUAAACAGGCAUCGGAUGGAGAAUAUCACCAGCCACAAGCAUUUUUCGAACAAGGAGCAGCUGGAAGUGGCACAUGGCAACAGAACAGUCCUUUUGGCAUCCUGCCUCAUGAGAGUGUAGUGAAUACUACCGCGAGUAAAACCGUAACGUACGAAAAUUUCAAUGCCCAUUUUGUUGCGGCGCAAAACUUGAAUCAUCUGAACACUUUGGUUACAAGUAACGCGAAAAACUUACAGAGGGCUCAGAGCCCACAAGUGUCGAAACCUCCAACUUCUCAGCCUAACACAAACACGUUUUUUCAAGUGCCCAUUAGCUUUACGUCGAGUGAAACCAAUACGAAUAGUACUAAGUCGUUUUCCAGUAGUAAUUCCCCCAAUUUGCAACAAUCGUGCAUAGUCUCCUCGCCCAGUAACACUCCCACUUCGAAAGAGUAUCGAAUACCACAGGCACCACCUAGAGCGGCCUUUUUAAAUUCUUCUAACGCUGCAAGACCUCCUGAAAAGACAUACACAACUUCAAACGUGAAGCAAGUGCCACAAGCCCAAUCUCCACAAAUACAGACGAAGGCCCAAACAAAGAUUUAUCCGGAUUUGAGUGCCCAGAACGAGAGGAGACCGAGCCAAUCUGAAGAGAAUCAACAGACCCAAUCAUCACCCAUCAGUUUUUCCACAUUAGACUCUCCAGGUCGUAUGAAUUACGCUAGCAAUAAUUCGUCUGCAAAGCGAUCGCAAUUCCAGCAGCAUUCGAAUUAUCGUCAGUUUCAGUCGGGGAACAAUUCGGAACAAGACUUUCAGAGGCCCAAAAGUGGAUCAGAUUAUAAUAGUUCCAACGGAUCAGAUUGUAACGUGGUUGUACCGAGACGACCGAGUCCUUUACAGGCUCAUUCGCAGGCUUCGCCCUUGGGACACGCACCAAGUCCCGCUUAUCCUAUGUACAAUAGUCCCAUGAACUCUAUCUCUUCUCCCCAACAGAACGCCAACAGUCAAGUAACUCCACCUUCCCCUUUGGACGCCUCUGUACCAAGACCAAACUCACAACAGGGCGGAAGUGUGGCAUAUCCUUCUGUCAUUACAAGAGCUUUAAAUUCAGAAAAGAAUUUUCCAGAAAGGUUCGAUCGUCCAAAUCAAAACAAUCAACAAAACUGUUGGGAAGAUCGCCAGCAAGCACAACAACGUAAAUUUCAAUCAAACCCUGCAGUUAAUAACUAUAGUGCUGCAAAUAGCAUGGAUGUGUCAAACAGAGAGUCUCAGCAAAGAGCAGUAGUAUUAACUGAAAGGCAACAGGCUUACUUCGAUUCCAACAACACAGUUACUCUUCAAGAUCUUAGCAGUUGCAGAGGCGAUCCCAUGACUAUCGUUAAAAAUUUACAACAGCAAAGUUGUCAGAUUCCGCAACAAGAAAUUAAGCAAGAAGUAAAGCCGCCUAAUAAAAGGAGAAGAAGUAACGACAAGUUGAGCUCCAUGUCACCGACGGAAACACCUGUACCUACAGUAACAGACUACUUCCCUGGACGUAUACCACCCCCAGCCCACAGUUCUGCUGCCAAUCAACAACAACAACAAAACGGAGCCUAUUUUGACUUCGACAGAUGGAAUUUACCGCCUCCCCCAUCAAAAAUUUUCGGCACCCAGGCUGCUGCGAUCCAUCAACAGCAUCAAGGUAUAAUGGUGCCGCAUCCUCAUUCCCAUCAUCCACCUCCGCCUCCAUUGCCAUAUUUCCCGCCCUUUCAUUUGCCUCCGCAUCCUACCGAGUUUGCCUCAUCGUCGUCCUCAGUCGAGUUGACUCCCAUUUCGGGUUCAUUUAAUGAUCAAUCGUCACAAGCUUCCUCCUCUUCAGCCCAGUACUCCCAACAGGAAGAUCAACCAAAAGUUGUAGUGCCCAAUAUCGAAGAAGAGCUUAAUUUCUUGGCAGAAGGAGGUUCAGCAAAACCUGCAACAAACAUCUACACUCGUCCAAAUCCAACACCAAACCCCGCAUCUGCCAUAAAACCAGAAAAAUUAUCUGCGCCGGGUGCAGACUUCAUGAGCAGUUAUUUGAAAUUUCUACAGGGUGAAAAAGACGGUUCGCCUCCCCCUACAUCUAGAAGUAGCAGGAAACAAACUUGGCCUCGAAUAAAAGCGCCCCAAACAGGUGAAACUUCCCAACAACAGCAGCAGCAACCGUCUCAGCUGUUAAAACCUAAACUUGAAAAUAAUGGUAUAACCCCAAACACAAUAACGCCAGUUAGUGGUUCUGUACCGUCGUCUUCUUCAACGUUGCCUUCUAUUAUUCCUGCGCCCCAAAUCACAAGGUUGUCUUCUCAAGGCGAUCCUCAGGAUGAUCCACGAUAUUUUCCAUUGCCUAAAGAAAGGAAGAAAAAUAUGUUUGAAAGUUCAGAUGAUGGCUUAAGCUCUGACGACGAUCUAUUCCCGAAGAAAACCCCCGUUGUUACGAAACAGGACACUGUAAAAGAAAAACCCCCAAAGAAGCAGAAAUCUUCUAAAACGACAAAUGGGGAAAAACCAGUUAGUGAAAAGAAAAAAUACAGAAAGAACUCGAAAGAAGGACAACAUGGAAAACACGAAAAGGAUAGGGAUAGUGAAAAAACAAAGGUCAGGGAAGAACCCAUUGUGAGACGUGAAACAAGCAAGAGGGCAGCUAAAGAGAAAAGUAAUUACAAGAUGUUAGCUAAGCAAGCAGAAGAAGAUGAAGAUGCCCCAGAAUUCAUAGAUUCAGACUCCGAUCCAGCCUGGACUCCUCAAGCAAAGGAGGAAAUUGAAGAAGAAGCAGCACCCAAAAAACGGAGAGGAAGAAAGAAAGGUUCCAAAAAUUUCCAUACUACAGUUUCCAAGGAUCCUGUUGAACCUGUUAACGAUACAGUGCAUGUGAAAAGUAAAAAGCAGAAAGCUGCAGGUAACAAACAUAAAAGUUCAGCACCCACUCUAGAAGACAACAUUGCUGCAGCUGUUGCACAACAAAAUAGCAUUGUGUCAGAUUCAUCUUCAAGUACAGAUGGUGAAGGAUUGCCUUUCAAACAAGGUGAAUUUGUUGUUAUAAAAUCGGAAAGGAACCAAGAAUGGCCAGGAAUUUGGCGGGUUGACGGCAAAAACUUGCUACAAAAGUACGAGCCGUUUGUCCAGAAUGGUCUCACACUGUAUAAAAACAUAUCAACAUAUACGUCGUGGACGCCGGAAAGUAAAAAACAAUACGUACCAGUGGAGGUAAAUGUAAGGUCGCAGAAUCACCUGGAGACGAUAGUCCAGUUGGCUCGCAAGGAUGUUCAUAAUCUUGACCCAGACUUCAUGGCGAAAUGCAUACAAGAGAGCGAAACGUAUCAAGACAAUUUCGAAGUCUACAUACAAACUCUAAUAUCUCAAGCUUUAGACAGCAAUUUCCUAACUGAAAUAUUCCAAGAACAAGACGAUUACUUUUUAUCAAACGUGAAGACAAUAGAUGAUAUAACAGAGAGCAAGCAGAAGAAGCUCACACUCUUACUUAAUUGGCCGAAGACUGUACACGGGGCUGUGACUACUUGGCCAUGUUUCAACGUGAUUCGUGACAUAAAUUCGUCGGAUAAGGUGAAGCCCUGUGCUGCAUGUGAUGGCUCAACAGUUAAUGCAAGGGUGCUGAUGUACGGCCAACCCUACAACUCCACAACGCUCGAAGGUUGUCAGCCUGAUCCUGAAGCAGUUAAUAAUAAGGAUUUUUUUAUGUGCCGUUGGUGUACAAGUUGUGUCGACUUGUUGAACAAAAUUUCUCAUCAAAAGUAUCUGAUGUACAUAGAAUGUGCAAAAAGGGUGGCAGAUAAGAGGAGCUCGGACCCUCAAAAAGAUACAACCUGUAUUUUAAACGAACUGCUAGCUGAUGAAAGUUGGCUUAACACAUUAUUUACAAAAGUGCGUCAAACGUGGGCUCAAGCAGACUGUAUUGAAUACUGUUACGGAGAGAAAAAAGGGACAAAAGUGUAGUGACCUUUCUCAUGGACUGUUUGUUUUUGUUUGUGAAAUAAUAAAGUAUUCUGUGUAUAUUGAUUGAAAGGUUAUAUAAUUUUAUUUUGUCUUAAGCUCUUGUAACAAAAAAAAACGACCUUAUUAUACUGCAUACUAUAAUAAGCCAUUAUGAUAGUAAUAAUCACAAUAAUAAUGUACACUUUUUAUUAUUAUUAUUGCAAACAAUAAUUGAUAAUUUAAGAGGCAUACGUAUUGAGAAUUAAUUGCGUAUGUGUCGUCGAUAUAAUAAAAAGGAAAUGAAAACGAAAUUGCCAUCUAAAAAUGCUGUGCAUAUUCGAAAUUUUAAAGUGUGCUCCUUAAAAAAGUGAUAUUGAUAAAAUGUAUUUGAUUAAAUUUUGUUUACUGUAUAGAUUAAUUUUAAGCACAAUGAAAAUCAUUGAAUAAAAAAUUAUUGGUA